AUGGGUUCCACAAACUUUGACCAGCGCCUAAUGUGCUGCGUUGUCGACGAGUUGGCGGAGAGCAGACCGGGACAGCUCUUCUGCAUACAACCUAUUUCCUCCGAUUUAUCCCAAGGAUGGCGAAAUGUAUCCAUGAGGGACCUUGCCGGCGCCGUCGAUUCCACCGCCCGGUGGAUCGAUAUGGCCAUGGGAAAAGGCUCUGGCUCUGAGCCACUGGCUUAUAUUGGAGCCAAUGACAUCCGCUAUGUGGCUUUCUACUUGGCUUGCAUGAAGACUGGUUAUGCGGCGUUGUUGCCUUCUACGAGGAAUUCGAUCGUGGCCACAUCGCAUGUUCUGGAUGCCACCAAAUGUUCGAAGAUUGUUUAUAGUACUGAGAGACACAAAAUUGCCGAAGAAAUACGUGAUAAUGUUCAAAACGUCCGAUUGUUCGAGAUACCUAGCCUUUGGGAAGUAUUCGGUGAACAGGCUGAACCUUACGCUUUCAAUGCAAAUUUCUAUGAUUUGCAAAAUAAACCAUGCAUUAUCAUCCAUAGUUCGGGGACUACCGGUCUCCCUAAGCCGGUAUAUCUGACCAACGGAUUCUUCAGUGCCAUUGACAAUUUUCCCAAGAUGCCAACUCCGCCGGGCAGACAAAAUAAAUCAAUCGUCUCAGUAGGACAAGGCAAACGUCUGUUCACCAUGGCUCCGAUGUUUCAUUUAAUGGGGCUUGUCAUUCUCUCGGGAGCCAUUUUCCACAACACACCCGUGGUCAUGAGCCCGGAAAGACCAAUGACCCCGGCACUCCUUAGUCAGAUUCUAGAGACAGCCCGUCCGGAAGCAGCUUUGCUCACACCAUCAGUCAUACAAGAGUUGUCCGCUUUUGAAGAAGGCUUAAAGGGGUUACAAAAAUUCGAAGCAAUACUCUUCGGUGGUGCACCGCUUUCACCAGAGGUGGGCAACAAGUUAAGUGAGAAAGUGGCUCUCCUCUCAAUCAUUGGUUCCAGUGAAGCUGGAUUCAUGGGAGCCUUGGUUUGCACGCAUCGUGAAGAUUGGGAAUACUUCGAGUGGAACCCUUAUGGUGGUAUACACAUGGAGUCGGUUGGUGAUGGAGUGUUUGAGGCCGUCAUACGGAAGGGCAACCAUCAUGAGUUCCUUAGUAUAUUCCAUACCUAUCCUGAUAUUACUGAAUAUCGAACAAAGGAUCUGUUCACGCCGCAUCCGACAAGGUCAGGGCUGUGGAAAUAUCACGGUCGACUUGACGACGUGAUUGUGCUCAGCAACGGUGAGAAGUUUAACCCUAUCGAUAUGGAGAAUAUCGUGGAGGGCCAUUCCUUGGUUUCAAAAGCCAUCAUUAUUGGCCAAGGACGAUUCCAGGCUUCAUUGCUCGUCCAGCCAAGCUGGGGGAAAUGGAGUGAGGAUCAAGACAAGGAGGAUUUUAUCGAGAAAAUAUGGCCUACCGUUGAGAGAGCGAAUGGCAUUGCUCCCGGUCAUGCGCGUGUCUUGCGUACAAAGGUUGCCUUAGCUAAGCAAGAUAAACCCUUCGCGCUAACUCCCAAGGGUUCAGUUCGGAGACGACAGAUAUCUGAAGACUACGAAAGUGAAAUUAACGCUCUAUAUGCCAGUGAAGAUGAGGAGUACACUGAUAGUUUACCACAGAGCACAGACCUUGAAGAUAUUAAACAAUAUAUCCGCACAGUGGUGUCGCAGCUACUUUCUGUCGAGCAAAUCAGUGAUACUAGUGAUAUAUUUUCACUAGGCAUUGAUUCGCUCCAAACCUUGCAAUUGAGCAAAAUCCUACAAACCGCUAUCAGGCACCUUUCUACUGAUAAGCACUCUGAGCCGAUCACAAGUCAGAAGCUAUACGCUUAUCCGACUCUUGAUCGACUGUCGCAGUAUGUUUACCGACUGAUAAAGGGCGACACCAAGGAAGAAAAUGCAGAGGAUGAAGAGGCUUCCAGACCCGGGAGAAUUGCAGGGUUAAUCAAUAAGUACGCCGAUGAUUUACCGCAGAGAGAAAUUACGAGCUUCAGAAGGUCAGCAAAACACGCGGUUAUUCUGACUGGCUCUACUGGAUCAUUGGGCAACUAUAUCCUGAGUGAGCUGCUCGGUGAUCGGGAGAUCCCCAUGAUCUACUGUCUCAAUCGGGCAGAGGAUGCAAGACAAAGGCAAAUCGACAGCUUUAUCGAAAAAGGCCUUGAAAUUCCGCAGGACUUCAAUGAACGGGUCGAGUUCAUACAUACCCAGUUUGGGGCCCCAAAACUUGGCUUGCCCGUUGACAAAUAUAACGAACUCACAGAGUCCGUCGAUCUCAUUAUCCACAAUGCAUGGAAGGUCAACUUCAACCACAGGGUUGAGGCAUUCGAGGAUCCCCAUAUCCGAGGUAUACGUAGCCUAGUGGAUUUCAGUCUACGAAGUACCCAUUCGGCACACAUCCACUUCAUCUCUUCAAUCUCGACCGUGAGUGCAUGGGGCCCUCAGCACGGUCCAUUCGUUCCGGAAAUCCCUCUAGAGGAUCCUGGUGUCGCCUUGCGCCAAGGGUAUGGAGAAUCUAAGUUUGUCGGCGAGCGCAUCUGUGCUCUCGCGUCGUCCAUUGCCGGGGUACCGACCAGUAUCCAUCGAGUGGGACAGAUCGCUGGCCCAACGAUGGAGAAGGGGCUGUGGAAUCGACAGGAAUGGCUACCUUCUCUAGUUGCGACAUCCAAGACACUCGGAAAACUCCCGAACACGCUUGGUACAAUGCCAGUUGAUUGGAUUCCUAUAGAUAUUAUGGCCAAGAUCGUGGUCGAUAUCACCCAAUCCCGACGCACCACCGAGGACAUCACCAGAACGGCCGCUUUUCACCUCGUCAACCCUCGUACUUCAAACUGGGAAUUACUUAUCCCGGCCAUUCGAAAGUAUUAUAACGCUGACGUUGUCGACAUGCAUGACUGGAUGGCUGCCUUGGAGGCGUUCAGUAAUCCCACGGAUGGCGAUUUGCAAGACAAACCGGCCCUCAAAAUCAUAGAUUUCUAUCGGGGGCUAGCCAGCAACCAUGGCACUUUUACCAGCACGAUGGAGACUGCGAAGACUCAAACAGCUAGUAAAGCAAUGCGUGAUCUCGGGCCGAUUGACGGGGCUAUCAUGGAGAAUUGGAUUAAACAAUGGGGAUUCUAAA